AUGAUGAACCAUGAUGAUUCGUAUCAGAAUGGUCCCGAAUUGAGAAGUAUUCGUAUGGGCGCUGUUGCUUCUGGCAAUGAACCCGCCAUCGCUUUUUCUAGCAGCAUGCCCAGAGAAAGCAAAACGCUCGCACAAGAGCCCAUUUCUGCAAACCAACCCCUUCAUACACAAGAGUGGAAUGUCCCUGAGGAACUUCCUGCGAUUCCUGAGGACUAUUCUCUUGGACAUUCUCACGCUGUGGUGCACGGUGUUUCCCCCCAAACCGUUGCCAAUCGCAUUGCCAAGGCUCUAGCCCAACAUUCCAUCGCUGCGGUCCCCCACGACUCCCAUGAGAAUUCGUUGUUCGCCGAAGCCACGUGCGGUCUCAAAUUUGCCAUUAACUUGUUUGCUUCCAACAGCGACGACAAUGGUGUACUGGUGGAAGUAGAACGGCGCAUUGGCUGUUCCUAUGGGUUUCACUUGUGCUGCACUGCCGUUUUCAAGGCGGCCAAGGGCAUUGCCACCAAAACCAGUAUGCCUGCUAGUCUCAAGGUCCCCAUGUGCAUCCCCCAAGACGCCAAGCAAGAGCGCCAAAAGUGCAUUCAAUUUGAUACCCAACAAGCCUUGGAACUUGUCAAAUCGGAACGAACUGAUGCUCAAUUACUUGGUUUGGAAUCCUUGGAACGUCUUUCAUUGGAUGAAUAUGCAGCCUCCUUGCUGCAUACCAAUGAAAGCAUUGCUUCCAUUCAAUCCUUUUUGGCCAAUGAUGCUCCUACUUGUGUCAUGAAGCGCCGUGCCCUGGGCAUUCUUGCCAAUGUCAUGCGCUACAAGUCGAAUGAGCCCUGUGAUCAAUUGCAGUGCCAAUACUUUAUGAAGGCGUUGGUGGACCUAUUUUCCAAUUCGUCCACAAGCCCUCACGAGGCAUGUGCAGCCACCAAGUGUUUGCAAUCGAGUUUGGAUGCCCUGUCCCAGCAAAAGACGGAAGAUUUGGCCGAAAUUUUGCGGACCUUUAAUUCCAAUCAUCAUUUGCAACUAGCACAAGAAAGUAAGAAACUUCAAGAUCGAUUGCGGCAAACGCAAUAA